CUCAACUAUCAAUCGGUCAAUCUUUACAACCAAGCUAUGAUGUAUGAUGGGAAUGGCACUGGGUACAGUUGUAGAGUCUCAAACAGAAAAAUGCCAUGGCAGUUGCAAUCUUCCCUGUCAGAAUGCUCCUUGAAAGUCUUCCAGGAUUUAUUGUUUACUAAUUAGCCGCCAGAGUAUAUAAGUACAUUAAAGGUGGUGGAUUGGCCACUGUUCUAAGCAACACUACUUUUAAAUUCAUUUUCUUGAUCACAUAUCUAUUGACCUCCACCGUAUGAUAACUACAUAUAAAUAGAUUUAUUUUUAAUAAUUAUCGAUCGUGUCGAUAAAACAGUAAAUUGCAAUUUCGUAAAAAAAACGCUUCACUCGGUGAUAUUAAGCUACAUAUCGAUUUUAUAGAUGUCGUUGUUUGAAUGUCAGAUUUGAUCAUUUUUUCUCUUUAUCAUUACUAUACAAGGAGAACUCAACAUCCCAUAUAAUGAAAAACUAUAUAAUUUUUAUAAAGUGAGAACUCAAAAUCCCCAUAAUGGAGAAUCAUAAAAUUAAAUAUUAAUAUUUAUUAAUAAGAUUAAUUAAUAAUGAAGAAAAAAAUAAACCGUCGCCGAUUUAAAAUUGAUAAACAGUAGCAAAGGAUGAAAUUUUAAUAAAAAAUAAGAAAAUAAGAAAAAAAAGAGAAGAGGGCUGAACGUAAUCUUUUUUAGAUUUGUAUUAUGAUUAUUUUCCGAAAUAACCAUCUUAGCUAUAAGUACGUAUCAAUAUCCUGAGCCAUAUUCACUUCCAACAAGGGCAACCAGAAUAAAAUGAGUCUCAUUCUCUCCCAGUUAAUACAGACCUUAUUGUUAAUAAUUAUCCUUGUGUCUUUCAAAUGUAAGUCUGCUACUCUAAGCAUAGAGACAGAUAAGGAAGCCUUGAUUGCUUUUAAGUCUAGCCUGGAAUCACCCUCUUCUUUAUCUUCAUGGAACCAGAACUCGUCUCCUUGCAACUGGACACGGGUUUCCUGCAACAGAUAUGGUCAUAGAGUUGUUGGUCUCAAUCUUUCCAGGUUAGAUCUUUUUGGGUCCAUAAGUCCUUAUAUCGGUAAUCUCUCCUUCCUUCAGUCCCUCCAACUUCAAAAUAAUCGUCUUACAGGAACAAUUCCUGAUGAAAUCUACAAACUUUUUCGCUUGAGAGUUAUGAACAUGAGUUUCAAUAGUUUGCAAGGUCCAAUUUCAUCCAAAGUAAGCAAGUUAUCGAAGCUCAGAGUGCUUGACUUGUCAAUGAAUAAGAUUACAGGAAAAAUUCCUGAAGAGCUCAGCCCACUUACCAAGCUCCAAGUUCUGAACUUGGGUAGGAAUGUUCUUUCAGGUGCAAUUCCACCAUCUAUAGCAAAUCUUUCUUCACUAGAAGAUUUGAUUUUAGGCACUAAUGCUCUUAGUGGGAUAAUACCUAGUGACUUGAGCAGACUUCAUAAUCUGAAGGUGCUUGAUCUUACCAUAAACAGCCUCUCUGGCUCAGUUCCCUCAAACAUCUACAACAUGUCUUCCCUGGUUAAUUUGGCCUUAGCUUCUAAUCAGUUGCGGGGUAAACUUCCUAGUGAUGUUGGUGUUACACUUCCAAAUCUUUUAGUCUUCAAUUUUUGCAUCAAUAAGUUCACUGGUACAAUUCCUGGUUCUUUGCACAAUCUCACAAAAAUAAGAGUCAUUCGAAUGGCGCAUAACCUUCUACAAGGAACAGUGCCACCAGGUUUGGGAAAUCUUCCAUUCCUGGAGAUGUACAAUAUUGGUUUCAAUAAUAUUGUUAGCUCUGGAGAUAAGGGUCUCGACUUCAUCACUUCUUUAACAAACAGCACCCGGCUUAAAUUCCUUGCCUUUGAUGGCAAUCUUUUGCAGGGUGUCAUUCCAGAAUCUAUUGGCAAUCUUUCGCAGGAUCUUUCGCAAUUGUACAUGGGAGGAAAUCAAAUCUAUGGAGGUAUACCAUCCUCAAUUGGCCAUCUCAGUAGCUUGACCUUGUUAAAUCUGAGCUACAACUCGAUCACUGAUUCAAUCCCACAUGAAAUUGGCCAACUGCAGCACUUGCAAUUUUUAGGUUUGGCUGGAAAUCAAUUUUCAGGAAGUAUUCCUGAUUUUCUUGGCAAUCUCCGAAAGUUGAACCAAAUGGAUUUAUCAAGAAACGGAUUGGUGGGUGCAAUACCCACUACUUUUGAGAAUUUUCAGAGUCUGCUUGCUAUGGACUUAUCCUCCAAUAAGCUCAAUGGAAGCAUACCUAAAGAAAUUCUCAAUCUCCCAAGUUUGAGCAAAAUCUUGAAUCUAUCUAACAACUUCCUAAGCGGGAAUUUGUCAGAGGACAUCGGUCUGCUGGAAAGUGUUGUCACUAUAGACCUCUCUAACAAUCGUUUAUCUGGUGAUAUUCCAAGCUUAAUAAAAAACUGUGAGAGCUUGGAGGAGUUGUACAUGUCCAGAAACUCGUUUUCAGGCCCUGUUCCUGCUGCUUUAGGAGAGAUGAAAGGCCUAGAAACUUUGGACCUUUCUUAUAACCAUCUUUCUGGUUUCAUUCCUUCUGAUCUCCAAAGACUAGAAGCCCUUCAGUUGUUGAAUCUCGCCUUUAAUGACAUAGAAGGAGUGGUUCCUUGUGGUGGGGUUUUUACAAAUCUUUCUAGAGUCCACUUGGAAGGAAACAAAAAGCUCUCUUCACAAUUAUCAUGUCCAAAUACUGGUGAUCGCGGAAAGAACAUAGUCAAAAUUUCUAUCAUUAUUGUUGUUACAGCCGCAUUAGCAAUAUGCCUUUCAAUUGGUUGUUUGUUCCUUAUCAGGAGAAAGAAAAGCAAAAUCGCUUGUGCAUCUAACAACUUGAUAAAGGACCAACAAAUUGUUUCAUAUCAUGAACUCCGCCAAGCAACUGAUAACUUUGACGAGAAAAAUUUGAUUGGAGGUGGAGGCUUUGGGUCAGUUUACAAAGGGUUUCUUGUAGAUGGUUCCGCUAUUGCAGUCAAGGUCCUUGACAUGAAACAGACUGGAUCUUGGAAGAGUUUUCUUGCAGAAUGUGAAGCUUUAAGAAAUGUGAGGCAUCGGAACCUUGUUAAGUUGAUUACAUCCUGCUCUAGCAUUGAUUUUAAGAACGAAGAAUUUCUGGCUCUAGUGUACGAGUUCCUUGGUAAUGGGAGCUUAGAAGAUUGGAUUAAGGGCAACAGAAAGAAAGAAAAUGGAGAUGAAUUAAACCUUACAGAGAGAUUGAAUGUGAUCAUUGAUGUGGCGAGCGCAAUGGAUUACCUACACCAUGACAGUGAAGUUCCUGUGGUGCAUUGUGAUUUGAAGCCUAGCAAUGUUCUUCUAAAAGAAGACAUGACUGUCAAGGUGGGAGAUUUUGGCCUGGCUACGUCUCUGAUAGAGAAAAUUGGGGCUCUAAAUUCAAUCAGCUCAAUUCAUGUCUUAAAAGGUUCCAUAGGAUACAUACCUCCAGAGUAUGGUCUAGGAGUGAAACCAUCAACUGCUGGAGAUGUGUACAGCUUUGGGGUGAUGCUACUAGAGUUAUUCACUGGCAAGUGCCCCACUUGUGAUAGUUUCAAGGGCGAACAAAAUCUUGUUGGGUGGGUGCAAUCGGCUCUCUCUUCCAAUAAACUCCAAAUGCUAGACCCUGAUCUGCUGCUACAAUUAGGAAAUUGUUAUCAUGAUAACCAGCCUAUAAUGCCAGAAAUACAAGAUGAUUGUCUGAUCACAGUUCUGGAGAUUGGAUUAUCUUGCACAGCAGAAUCUCCAGAAAGGCGCAUCAGCAUGAGAAAUACUCUUCUCAAGCUCAAAGCAGCCAGAGACAACCUUCUUAAGUAGGUUCCUGACCAGAGCAAGUAUUCACCAUAGCAGGCUAACAUGUUUAUCAAUGGCUGAUGGUUAUAUAUGUAGGUUGAAAAUCUUUUCUGUGAUCAUAAGCUCUUAUAAUUUUAUAUAUGCUUUCACUGCAUUUGUAUCAUUAUCUUUCAGCAAUAAAUGCAUUGGAA